AUCAAGUCUCUAAUGGCAUCGAUUGUUUUGUGAAAAUAUUUUUUUACGCCACAAAAGGGUCAGUAAAAAUCACUUGUUUUUAUAUGUGUGAAGAAAUAAAUUAAGUAUAUGUGAUAUCGACUAAUAGCAGCUUCGUUUUGGCUGUAAAAAGUAUUGGCUGGAAUUUACUAUGUCCUCGGAAGAAAUCGAUAUCCUUAGGAAAAUUGAACUAAUUGAGCCGUCGACCGGGAAACUGUUUUUCGAACACAAAACUGAACUAAUAUUCUGCAAACCCCACUUAAUACCUUUAAAAUCACAGGUGUUGGAGCGGUUAGAGGAGAUGCAAUGUGAAGCAGCACGAAGGCUUCAGGAGAAACGCCAAAAAACUACUUCUGGGACAAGAAAAUCUGGAAAAAACUAAGUAAAAACUGACUGAUCCAUUAAACAGUAAAGCAAAGGAAUAACAUGGUACAAUUACUUACAUUCGCGGUUAUAGUUGCUCUACUGCUGGCUGGUAUUUCACUCUAUCGUUAUGGAAACAU